AUUUGUUGAGAGCACUUUCAGGUUGUACUUCCGGGUGUGGUAGCUAACAUGGCGGAUAAAGAGAAAAAGAAGAAAGAAAGCAUUUUUGAUUUGUCAAAAUACAUUGACAAACCCAUUCGUGUAAAGUUUCAAGGAGGAAGAGAAGCCAGUGGUGUCCUGAAGGGGUUUGAUCCACUGUUAAACCUGGUGCUGGACGGUACCAUCGAAUACAUGCGUGAUCCCGAUGACCAGUUGAAGCUGACGGAGGAUACGCGGCAACUGGGGCUGGUGGUGUGCAGAGGGACCUCUGUGGUGCUCAUCUGCCCUCAGGACGGCAUGGAGGCAAUACCCAAUCCGUUCAUACAGCAGCAGGAUGGCUGACAUAUUCUCACUGUUUGUCUCAGAUUGUUAUUUACAAUGUUUUUGUUUUUUGUGUUUCUAAAAUGUAAUAAUUGCAUUACAUGCACAACACUUUUUGUUGUAAAAUGUUGAUCAUGAGAAGGGCACUCAGAAGCGCUACACUUAUGUUUCUUUGUGAAAUACCAACUAUAAUUUGACCUAUGAUACAAACAGUUUAGGUGAAGUAUUAUUGCAAAUUUAUUUUUAGACUUUUUACUUUGUUUUGAUAAGAAAAAUUAAACUUUAAAGAAUA